AUGGCGCCGCGAUAUGUGCCUGCUAACACCCCGCUGGACUUUGUCAAAGUCUUCAUAGAGGGCCUGCAGGGCGAGGCGCGGGCCUCUGCCCUUCGCGCGGAGAAGCGUUUGCGCGAAUGUCCCACACUGGGCAAGCUGAAUGCAGAGCUGAAUGCAGUUGCAGAUGAGCUGGGAGAUGGGGUUGUGGAGGUGACCCCAGGGCCCCGGGAGGGCAUCGUAUGUGUCACUCUGCGCCCGGAGCAUGGUGGCCACGUUCUUGCAAGGGCCGGGCAGGAGCCGCUGUUGUCUGGGUCCGCCUUUGCCCUGAAGUUUGACGCCACGCCCGCUGCAGCAAGCGGACCCCCUCCCCUCCGUGUCUCCACUGAGGGCGUGUGGAAUCUCGCUCAAGAAGGCUUGGGUGGCUACAUCACAGCCGCUCCCCUGAUCCGCUCGGGCGCAUGGUCUGUCCUCCCGAGCCUGGAGUUGGGCUAUGGGCUUGGAGGCCUUCUGGGCUUUACCGGGCCAGCCUGGCAGCGUAGCCACUUGCAGGCCUGCCUGGCGGACCGGCUGGGCAGGCACAAAGUUCGGCUUGGCUAUGCCUCUCGGGACCUUCGCACGGAGGACGCAGCUAUGCUGGGCUUUCCACUGCAAUCCUCCAAGACAUCGAUUUCCUAUCAAUUUUUGAACAGCUAUGGCACGGAGACCUUGGGUGGACAAGUAGGACUCUUCGGCGAGGUCGCCGGACUUCUUGGGGAUGUGAAGGUUGCCCGUGCAGAAGCUUCCUGGUCACAGCGCGGCGCCCUCCUGGCCGGAAUUUGGCAGGUCUCUGCUGGCGCGGCCUUAGCGAAGCCGCUCUUUGACGCCCAGAUGCCCUGGGAGGAGAGGCUUUUCCUCGGCGGCGUCACGGGCCAAGGAGUAGGGGAGAGGCUUUUUGGCUUCAAACCUCACGGCCUUGGCCCAUUGAAGCGAGAGGAGCGCUCAUCCGAAGCGCGGAGGUUCGGUUUGGCCUACGGCCGGGGUGGGCUCGGGACAUAUAGCACUGCGGAGCCCACGCGUGUAGAGACCGGCAAAGUGGACUUCCUUGGCGGAGACACACGCGCCAGUGUGGAAGGUUGGAUGCGCUGGCCUAUGCCCAUGGGGUUGGGGCUCUACGUGUUCGCCUUCGGGGCGGCCGGUGUGCUGGUAGAGCGAAGGCAAGUGUCGGAGCCUGCGGACAUCCUCCGCAACAUCAGGGCGGCUCUAGGCCUCGGAAUUGGCGUCCCUCUCCCUGGAGGGGGACACCUUGCCGUAACCUAUAGCCAGCCUGUACAGGCAGUAGCUGGGGACCGUGUGCAGGCAUUUCAGCUGUCCCUGUCCCUGAACAACUUGCUUUGA